AUGGAGUCCUUUUUCAAUUCUAGUGCUGUGCAGCCCGCGGCAACCUACGCUCAGCUCUUCGAAAUUGCGAAACAACAGCACAAUAUGUCCACUAUGGAGAGUCUCUGGCAAGCCCACUACGCCUACUGGGGGAAUGACACUCUUGCGACAGGAAUCAUGGCCUUCGUCGCCCACGAACUAAUCUACUUCGGCCGCUGCGUUCCCUGGAUCAUUGCCGACGCCCUGCCCAUCAUCUUCCGCAAAUACAAGAUCCAAGAAAAAAAGUCACCCUCAGUCAAUGACCAGUGGACAUGCAUCAAAUACAUUCUCGCUAUCCACUUCAUCAUCGAACUCCCCCUUAUCGUCCUCUUCCACCCAAUGAUGGAACUCUGCGGCCUCUCAUACACCCUCCCAUUCCCUCAAUUGCGCACCAUCGCCGCUCAAAUCGUCACCUUCUUCCUGGUCGAAGACACAUACCACUACUGGCUUCACCGUGCCAUGCACUGGGGACCUUUGUACCGCUCCAUCCAUCGCAUUCACCACCAAUACGCCGCACCGUUCGGUUUGACUGCCGAAUAUGCCAGCCCCUGGGAAACACUGUUGCUUGGAUUCGGGACCAUCGGACCCCCUUUGGUGAUGGGAUUUAUUACUGGCGAAGUGCAUCUGAUGACGGUGUUGGUGUGGAUGACCCUGCGGCAGAUCCAGGCCAUCGACGCGCACUCGGGAUACGAUUUCCCCUGGAGCUUGCGACGGAUCGUACCGUUUUGGGGUGGGGCUGAUUGGCAUGAUGAUCAUCAUCGCUAUUUUGUGGGGAAUUAUUCUAGCUCGUUCAAGCACUGGGAUGUGUUGAUGGGAACAGUCGCCGGUCCGCGAGGAAAGGCAACUAAGCGCAAGGCUUAG